AUGUCUCAAAAGUCCGCUAUCAUCUCCGUCUAUGACAAGACUGGACUGCUUGACCUUGCCAAGGGUCUGAACCAGCAGAAUGUCCGUCUUCUUGCGUCUGGCGGUACCGCUAAGAUGAUCCGUGAGGCCGGAUUCCCCGUCGAGGAUGUCUCCGCCAUCACCCACGCCCCCGAGAUGCUCGGUGGCCGUGUCAAGACCCUCCACCCCGCCGUUCACGGCGGUAUCCUCGCUCGUGACAUCGAGUCCGAUGAGAAGGACCUUGCUGAGCAGAAGAUCUCCAAGGUUGACUUCGUUGUCUGCAACCUGUACCCCUUCAAGGAGACCGUCGCCAAGGUUAACGUCACCAUCGACGAGGCCGUCGAGGAGAUUGAUAUCGGUGGUGUGACUCUGCUCCGCGCCGCGGCCAAGAACCACAAGCGUGUGACUAUCCUGUCCGACCCCAAGGACUACUCCGAGUUCCUUGCUGAGCUCGCCGCCGGUCAGAUCACUGAGGCCAGCCGCAAGCUGUACGCCCUCAAGGCCUUCGAGCAGACCGCCGACUACGACUCUGCCAUCUCCAGCUUCUUCCGCAAGGAGUACGCCGGUAACGGUGAGCAGCAGGUUUCUCUGCGCUACGGUAUUAACCCCCACCAGAAGCCUGCCUCCGCUUUCAUGCCCCAGGGCAAGCUGCCCUUCAAGGUCCUGAACGGCUCCCCCGGCUACGUCAACCUUCUGGAUGCCCUGAACGCCUGGCCCCUGGUCAAGGAGCUCAAGCAGGCUCUUGGAUUCCCCGCUGCUGCUAGCUUCAAGCACGUCUCCCCCGCCGGUGCUGCUAUCGGUGUCCCCCUCACCGAGAAGGAGCGCAAGGUCUACAUGGUCGAUGACAUCAAGGGUAUCGAGACCUCCCCCCUUGCCCAGGCCUACGCCCGUGCCCGUGGUGCGGACCGCAUGUCCAGCUUCGGUGAUCUCCUCGCUCUGAGCGACAUCGUCGAUGUCCCCACCGCCAAGAUCAUCUCCCGUGAGGUGUCCGACGGUGUCAUCGCUGCCGGUUACGAGCCGGAGGCUCUUGCCAUUCUUUCCAAGAAGAAGGGUGGCAAGUACCUCGUCCUCCAGAUGGAUGAGAACUACUCCCCUGCUGCCGAGGAGACCCGUACCAUUUACGGUGUCCAGCUCACCCAGCACCGCAACGACGUUGUCAUCUCGCCCAGCAAGACCUUCAACACCGUUAUCACCCCCAAGGACCUCAAGACCCUCCCCGAGGCCGCUCUCCGCGAUUUGACCGUUGCCACCAUCGCUCUCAAGUACACCCAGUCUAACUCCGUCUGCUACGCCCUGAACGGUCAGAUCAUCGGUCUCGGUGCUGGUCAGCAGAGCCGUAUCCACUGCACUCGUCUUGCCGGUGACAAGGCCGACAACUGGUGGAUGCGCUUCCACGACCGUGUCAUCGGUAUCAAGUGGAAGCAGGGCACCAAGCGUGCCGACAAGAGCAACGCCAUUGACUUGCUCUGCUCCGGCCAGACUCCCCGCAACGAGGCCGAGACUGCCGAGUACGAGCGUGUCUUCGAGGAGGUCCCUGCUCCCUUCACCGAGGAGGAGCGUGAUGCCUGGUUGCAGAAGCUUAGCGAGGUUGCCGUCUCCUCGGAUGCUUUCUUCCCCUUCAUUGACAAUGUUUUCCGCGCCGCCCGCUCCGGUGUCAAGUACAUCGCCGCCCCCACUGGUAGCCAGAACGAUACCCCCGUCUUCGAGACCGCCGAGAAGCUGGGAAUUACCUUUGUUGAGCAGGGCACCCGUCUGUUCCACCACUAG